GACCCAACAGAAUCGUCAUCAGUUGAGUUCGAGCAGCAGCGGUAGGAGCAGCCUUGUGCCUCUCGUUUCUGUCAUACCACAUAGCUUCGUCAGCCCUAUGUCCUUGUGAUUUUUUGUGUCCGGACUUUUUGAAGUGACCACUGUGCCAUCUGUACCACUGGUACAUCGUGACGAAACCUGUGUGAGCAAGUGUUAUGAAAAAUGUCAGAAGAUUUAGAGGAAUUGAAAAUUAAUAUAAGCGCAGUCCUAACUUCUGGGGGUGGUCAAUUGACUGAAAGGAAGUUCCUGAGUGAUUACAGAUCAUUAAUAGGGACUAUUCAAUUUAGUGAUUAUGGCCACAGAAGUCUUAAAUCUUUGAUUCAAUCACUUGGUGGAUUUUAUUACACCAGAAACGCUUUUGGCGAAGACUGUAUCAAUGCUGGGUAUGAUGAAAAGACGGCACAUAUUAGCAGCCUUAUUGCUAGGCAAAGAAAGAAGCCAGGGACAGUAAAGAGUAAAAGGUAUGCUAGGUCUAGGUUACCUCCGCGACCUAUGCUUAGACGCCCUACGUCUGCCCCAACCUCUUAUAGACCACCAGCUACGUCUCGUCCCCCACGAAGUGCUCCACCACCAAGAUAUGGCAAUCCACCCAUCAUCCCACAGAGGCAGCCUAUAAGUUCUCCACGUUCAGAAUCAAAGCAUCCACCUGUAAUAUCACAGAGGCAGCCUCUACAGGCUUCACAGCCAGAAUCUGGGUAUCCACCCAUAAUACCACAAAGGCAGCCUCUACCACUGCCGAAGAAGCCUAGCACUUCCCCUGCAGCUGGGACAAAAGCUCAAGACCGACUGAGUCGGGGUCUUGAUGUAGAGGUGGCGCAAUCAAAAAUUUUAUCCGUGCCGGUAACUGAUGCCAACACUUCAUCCAAAGGGCAGUCAAGUUCAAAGGUCUCAACUUCGGUCGGGGAGGCUGCUGAGGAUACAUCCUUUGUUGACAUUCAGUGGUUGCAAGGAAGGGUAUUAUCAAACAACGGUUGCAGGCUUAAGAGUGCAAGGAAAGAACAAGCUUUAGUCUCUGGGGAUGCUCAGCUUGCUUCUCAGCAAUGUUCUAAUCCUAAUCCUGUCCUGGUUAAUGGGACGACCAGUUCCGCUAUAUCUUAUCCUGCUUUGGUUAAUGGAAUGACAAAUGGUGCUGCAUCUUAUCCUGCUUUGGUUAAUGGAACCAACGGCCUAUCUAGUCGUAAUCUAGUCAAUGCAAUGACUACUCGUCCUUGCCUUCCUGCUGUGGUUAAUGGAGUGACCAAUGGCAUACUAUCUAGUCCUCCCUUUUUGAAUGAAAUGACUGCACUAACUAAUCCUUCGCUAUCAUCACAAGCAGGACCAGUUCCUUUGAUGUCUAUUAGUGUGAAUGUUCCAUCUUUUCAAUCAAAGCAAACCCCAUCACCAACAAGACCAAGGGGUAGACUGUCACAGCAGCAGGUGGUAUUUAAAUCCUAUGUCGAAGAGCUGUCACACUUAACAAGUACCCUUGGUCUGGGCAACCCUACGUAUAAAUAUGUGGAACGUAAACCAACUAGAAAACAGGCGGUGUUCAUAGCUAAAUUAAAGAUUGGAGAGACAUUGCUGUAUAGCUCAUAUCCAGAUGAGAAACCAACUUGUGAAGAGGCGCAAGAAUUUGUGGCAAAAUUAGCCUGUGACGAUUUGCGUCAAAGACCAAGGGAAGCUGAGGAUCUCGAUGAUGAUAAAGUUAUAGAAAGAGUGUUCAAUAUUGUUCAGAGCAAAGCUAAUGGUAUGGUUGAAUCUGGCAUUGUGAAGGAGUAUGAAAGUAUCUACAGUAGCUCGUUACCAAUCUCCUGGCUGGAGGUCAUAGGAGCUUCACCAAGAUUUGAAGUGGAGCAACCUCUAAAUGGGAGAGGCAAUGCUAUCAUUUAUCCAAAUUUGUGUGUGCAAGAAGAUCAACCACCCAUAUCAUCUAUCCCUGAAAUGACUACCUUACCUGAAGCUCGAGCAAUCACUGUCUCAAGACCGGAACCUCUUCAUGUAAAUGGUGCAACUCCCUCUAGUCUUAAUAACUUCUCACGUCAGAAACCAUUUAAAGACAUAAAUGCUAACACAGUUCCUUGUGGAGACUCCUCUAUCGUAAGAGAACUACCCAAGCUUGUUUUACCUAAACCCAAAGAAGGAACGUGGGACGUCUUUGUUGCAUCAGUUUCCUCCACCGAAAAUGAGUUGUGGGUGAGAUUUAUUGGUGACGAGUAUGAUGCAAAAUAUAAUGAUUUAAUGACUGAUCUUGAAAUUAAAAUGUUCUCAAGUAGUGAACCGGUGCAAAACCCUGUUGUUGAUCAAUUUUAUUGCUGCAAAUUUGACAACAACUGGCUGAGGGUACAGCUCAAGGAAAUUCUAAAGAAAACUGAUGGAUCAGAGGAUGAAGCAGUAGUUUUUCUCAUAGACAAUGGUGAAAUGGAUAAUGUUUCCCUCUCUGAACUGAGAGUGAUUGAUGAAGAAUAUUUGAGACUACCUGGACAGGCUGUUCCUGUAGUAUUAGCUUAUGUCGAUGUGACAUAUGAGGCAGCUCAGAUCUACCUUAUGAAUAAUGUGAUAGGAUCCUCUUUUGUUGCUGAAAUUAUUAAACACUCAGAAGAACUGCCGAAAGUUGUUCUUUACAAUACUGAGAAUGAAGGAGAGGCUCUGAACAUUAAUUCAUGCAUAUUAGACAGUAUUAUUCAGAGUUUAGACAAGCCUCAAUUGGUGCAGGGAUUAAAUUUCUUAAGAAUAUCUCAUGUACAAAAGGAAACCCGUCCCUUUGUACAAAUCAAAGGAAAGGAUUUGUUUUUCUUAGAGAGUAUACUCAACGACAUUUCUUUAAUUGACUUGGUAGCAGUCCAUGGGGUUAAUGCUCACCCAAGAUUGGUUGUGGAUUCAAGGCAAAUGUUUUUGGUCCGAUCAAAACGAUGUCCUAACACAUGGCUCAGAGCAAACAUUGUGGACAGUACCACCAAUCAAAGAACUUUUGUCAUGCACUUCUGCGAUCAUGGUUUUACAGAAAGAGUACUUCUGAGUGAUAUUUUUGAUCUUAAGAAAGUGUUGCAACCUUUGUGCAAGUUUCCUGUCCAAGCUGUACAGUUUAAUUUAGCUGAUUUGAAUGAGUCCCAACUAAAUUCUGGUGUAGUUAAGAGACUUACAGAGCUUGCUCCUCCAGACCAAUUUGUUAUUGGUAAAGUCGAUCAGGGCUCUGGAGACUUGAAAUUAUUCAAAAGAAUCCAACCAGAUAAUUUAAUCUUUUCCAUCAAUGGCGAUUUAAUCUUCAGUUAUGAGGAGUUAAAAAAUACCCCAGACAUUGAAGAGGAGGAUCAAGCAGAUGCCACAGCUGCUUGUGGUACCCAAGAUGUCUCAACUAACCCACUGGCUAUCUACCAGCUGCCAGUUGAUGUUGAAUUUUUCAAUGUGCAUGUUACCAUGUCAAGUAACCCAUUCAAUUUUGUGGUACAACCAGUAGUAGAGUUACCUUCAUUUAAUGCUAUGAUGGCAAGUAUGCAGGAGUAUUAUGAGGCAACGCAUCACAUCAUGUCAACUCCUGCCAUAGAGGAGCUUGUGGAAAAUAGAGCUUUUGCAGCUAAGCACCCAGAAGACUUACAGUGGUACAGAGUAAGUAUAGUUGCCACUCUUAAUCAAGGUGUGGUCAGUGUCCGCUAUGCCGAUUAUGGCGAUGUUGGACUGGUCGCACUUGACCGCAUAAGAUUCCUUGAAGAGAGGUUUAAGCAGAUUCCAGCAUUGGCCAUCAGGGCAAAAUUACAUGGCGUCAAACCACUCAACAUUGAUUGGAGUGUGGAGGAAUGUUUGUUCUUCAACAAUUUGGUUGAGGAAAACUCCUUCCCUACCAUCAUCCGAGAAAUUAAUCAAAAUGUUACUGCUGCUAAUUCGUGGCGAGUUAGCCUCAGUGUCAUUGAUACUUCAAAUGAAAAUGAAGAUAUUGACAUAGGAGAUCACCUAAUACAAAAUGAAUAUGCAGGGAAAGCAUGAGUUUCUUUUUAUUGAAAACAGAUAUUAU